AUGGCAACGAAGCGUAAUCGUGCUUGCGUGAAUGCGAUAUCUGGACUUGCGCGAUAUGUCAGAACCUUCUCGAGCAAUGGAAGUAGAUUAUGCUGUGGGACGGUGAUACUGAGCAAGAUGUAUGGUGCUGAUCGAAAGUGGAGACCGCAACAGACGUAUAGGAACUUCUAUAAUAAAAGAACGAGCGGAAAGCGUGCAGAAUCAGAAGACUGUAGUAUCAGUAUGAAAAAAAAGGAGGAGGAGGAAGAAAAAAACCUAGUGCGAACUUCUCUUUUAUUCCGAUGUCUGAAUAUUCCCUUAACAUUUUACAAAAUGCAUUGA